CUCUUUAAACCGCCGCCAAGGUACUUCCUCGUACACUACUCUCUCAAUCAAUCAAUCCUCCAUUUCCUCCGAGACAUCACACAAUGGCUUCCCGCGGUGCAUCCCGUCCCCUCGUCUUUGGUGGCCUUGCCGCCGCCGGUGGUGUCGGCUACUACCUCUACCAAGCUGGUGGCAGCCCCAAGCUCGCCGAGAAGGAGUUUGAGCAUGAUGCUGCCAAACUUUCGUCCAAGUUCAAGGGCGAGCUGCCCGGCAAGGAGAAGGAGGCAAAGACUGGCGCAAAGGUCUACGCCGAAGAGGCCGGCCAGAAGUUCGAUGACGCGAUCGCUCAGGCCAAGGCUACUACCAAUCAAGUAGACGCGAAGCUGGAGGCGUACCGCGCUCAGGCUGACAAGAAGAUUGGCGAGUACCAGAAAGAGGUGGGCAAGGACUUCCACAAGGCCGUCGACCAGUUUGACAAGACGGUCGAGGAGAAGGCGGCGCAAUCCAAGAGCUGGCUGUCGGGCUGGUUCAAGUAAAGGAAGCGCGCAAUUGAACGACGACUACGCAGUUACGCAAGUGAUGGGAAAAUGCUUGUUGGAGCAGUGGGUUCUAUUUUUGUAAUCGAUAGCCCGUCAAGUUUUUACUAAUAACAUUCUGUUCAAUGACCAUGGAUCUUCAGGC